AUGGCGGAUAGAUAUAAAAAGACCAAGACCGCCCUCACACGACCACUACAACUUGGCGUCCAACAUCCACAAGACCAAAUCCAGGUAUCAGCCAGGCAGACAUAUUAUGGCCAAGUGACAGCGAAGGAUUCUACCCUGGAGAGCCGCGUAACGCAGAACCUCCUUGGGGCUGCUCGCAGAGAGAGCUUGAGACGGUUACAGGAUAACUGGCUGCACCGUGACGUCUCAAGUUAUCUCCGUUUCGCUAAAACCAGCUCUGGCUAA